AGAACCUAAACCAAACCCCUCCGAAAGAAAAAAAAUAAAUAAAUAAAAAAAAGGGGAGAACUUGGAACUGAAAAGAGGCUAAAGAAAAAAAAAUACCAGUAAGACAUUUGAUUUUUUUGAGCUUAACAAAUGGCGAGUAAAAGCUACUUCGCUCGGCAGAAUUACCGUUUUCUCUCCAGCGACCGGGACUACCGCACGGCCGUGGUGACUGCCGAUUCAUCUGCAUUCGAACUCGAUGAGUCCGACAUGUACAACUCGGCCCGAUCCAACUCGCCCGAGUUCCGAAAACCGGUUACGGGUUCGCGUCUGAUGUCGAAGAAGACCUCAUCGAAGCGAUCGGUCGCGGAUCCCGGCGAUCGGACUGGUGGGACCGCAUCGUCGCUUCCGGUCAACAUCCCGGACUGGUCGAAGAUUCUCAGGGACGAGUACAGAGAUAACCGGAGGGGAGAGCGCGUGGACGACGACGACGACGACGAUUACGAUUUGGAUGGCGAUUGCGAUGGCGAUUCAAGGGUUCCGCCGCACGAGUUUCUAGCGAGGCAGAUGGCGAGGACGAGGAUCGCCUCCUUCUCGGUGCACGAAGGGAUUGGGAGGACUCUCAAAGGGAGAGAUCUCAGUAGGGUUCGAAAUGCAAUUUUUGAGAAGACUGGGUUCGAAGACUAAGAAGAAAAGAAAUUCUGAAGAAACUGAGAGUUCAAAAAAAAAAAACAGCGGGAAUUUACGGAAUAUAUUUGUUUAGGUCAUUUUAAUCCUCCAAUAUCGGUAGGCUUUAGUUUUUUUUUUUUUUUAUGUGGAGAAUAUUUUGUGAUUUUAGUUUUACAUUACAGUAUUUUGGAGGAGCAUUUUUAAUUUUCCACGAUUGUAAUUCUAACUCGGAGGAUUUAGGAUUGUAUCUUGACUGUUUUCUACUUUGGGUAUAAAUUUUACACUUCAAUUU